UUAGUAUUAAGCUUCUCCUUGGUGAUGUUAAUAGGUGUAGUUGCUAACCUCGGUCUGUGGUGGAUUAUUUGCCGACGUGGUUUUGCUCAGUCUAGUCGCAACUGGUACAUUUUGAAUUUAGCCAUAUCAGACGUUCUUACUAUAGUUUUGUGUAAACCGUUUGUUGUUGUUCGGAUAAUUUCCAAAAAUUGGACGUUUGGUGUGGCAUGGUGUAAAAUAGUGCCAUUAUUACAAAGUACAUAUGUGUUCGUUUCAACUUUAAGCAUUCUCGCGCUUGCAGUAGAUCGCUACAAGUCCAUAAUGUAUACAGCGGGAAAAUCAAACAAUCGAAUACGAACGUGUCUUAUCAUAUCUGGAAUAUGGAUGGUAUCUGUUGCCUUAUCAUUCCCGUUAUUAUUGGCUCAUGAAGUUAAAAUAUUACAAGGAUUGAAAAAUUUUGACCUGUAUACCAUUUGUACAGAACAUUGGGGAUAUCAAAUCUUACUAACGGUUUACACUGUUAUGGUGUUGUUAAUUCAAUAUUUAUCACCAGCUGUCGCUAUAGUAACAUUACAUAUUUUGAUAUGUAAAUCCUUAAAAUACCGUUUGGACUUACAUGAGACAUGUCAGCAAGAUGUGAGUCGAAUAAGGAAUAAGUUAUUACGACAUCGAAAAAAUGUUAUGUUAUUAACAAGUAUGGCCAUAUCUUUUUCUGCUACAUGGUUACCAUUGACGUUGUUAAACAUCCUAGCGGAUACAAACCAUAUAAUCUUUCAGCAGACCAAUUUUCCAUUAAUUCAUGCUGUGUGUUUGUUAAUUUCCUUCUCGUCAGUGUGUAUCAAUCCGGUGAUUUAUGGAUGGUUUAAUUCCAACUUUCGAAAAGACAUUAGAAAUAUA